UCGAGAGGAGCUCAUCAGCAUUGAUCAUUUAUUAAAAAAAGAGAAGAGAGAGAGAGAGAGAGAAAAAAAAAGCACUAGGGUUGAAACUCCCAUUUGCACUAUCCCAUCUUACUCCCUUACCCACCCUGCGCCGAUUCGCAGAGAAAGUUGGACGAGGGAGGAGUGACCAAGUGCGCAUCCAGUGAGGUCGCUGGCUAACAGAGUGCGUGAGAUUUGACUUGGAGCUGGUCUUGCUGGAGAAGAAGAGGUUCGACGGCAGCAGUAAUCGAUGGCGAAGACGAAGCCGGGGAAGAAGGACCUCGAUUCCUACACCAUCAAGGGAACCAACAAGAUCGUGCACUUGACGAUGGAUGUCUCUGCAGCGGGUGAUUGCGUGUUGAUGAGGCCCUCGGACUCCGACAAGCCACCCUACGUCGCGCGAGUGGAGAAGAUCGAGGCGGAUCACCGUAACAACGUGAAGGUGAAGGUCCGAUGGUAUUACCGACCGGAGGAGUCGAUCGGUGGUCGACGGCAGUUCCACGGGGCCAAAGAGCUCUUUCUCUCCGAUCACUAUGACGUUCAGAGCGCUCACACUAUUGAAGGAAAAUGCGUUGUUCACUCCUUCAAGAACUACACCAAGCUUGAGAAUGUCGGGACAGAGGACUACUUCUGCCGCUUUGAGUACAAGGCCUCUACUGGUGGUUUCACUCCUGACCGUGUCGCCGUGUACUGCAAGUGCGAGAUGCCUUAUAAUCCGGAUGACCUCAUGGUGCAGUGUGAAGCGUGCAAGGACUG